GAAGACUCUAAGAGAAAGACUCUAAGACAAAUUGAUUGUGUUAGAAUCCUUCACAGUUAUAAAUCUGAUGAAACCGGUAAGGAAUUAUCUAAAACUGAGGUUGCCAAACCAAAAUGAAGGUCAAGCAAAAGCUUCACCAAGCCAUAGAUCUACUGUACUCUAAUGGACCAACUUCUCUUGAUGAUUACACUCGUCUUGUGCUUCGUUGUGCUCAGGCCAAUGACUUCACUCAAGCAAAGAGACUUCAGUCUCACAUGGAACUUUACCUUUUUCAACCCAAAGACUCCUUCAUCCACAACCAACUCAUCCAAUUGUAUGCCAAAUUGGGCAAGCUCGCAGAUGCUCAAAACGUGUUUGAUAACAUGACUAAGAGAGAUGUUUAUUCUUGGAAUGCCUUGCUUUCUGCUUAUGCAAGGAUGGACAUGGUUGAGAAUUUAUAUGUUGUCUUUAAUCAAAUGCCUUAUCGCGAUUCUAUUUCAUAUAACACAUUAAUCGCAUAUUUUGCUAGUAAUGGACAUUCAGGCAAAGCAUUAGAAGUUCUUAUGAGAAUGCAGGAAGAAGGGUUUCAGCCUACCCAUCACUCCUAUGUGAAGGCAUUGCAAGCAUGUUCUCAGCUUUUGGAUUUGUGGCAUGGGAAACAGAUUCAUGGGAAGAUUGUUGUUACUGAUUUGGAAGGAAAUAAUUUUGUAAGGAAUGCUGUGAUUGAUAUGUAUGCCAGGUGUGGUGAUAUAGAUAGGGCACGCUGGUUGUUUGAUCGAAUGAUUAAUAAAAAUGUUGUUUCAUGGAAUCUCAUGAUCUCUCGAUAUGUAAAAUUGGGAAAACCUGAUGAGUGCAUACAUUUGUUUGAUGAAAUGCAGUUGUCAGCUUUGAAACCUGAUGUAGUGACAGUGUCGAAUGUUCUCAAUGCUUACUUUCAAUGUGGACGUGUAGACGAUGCAAGAAAUAUAUUCAACAAAUUACUGAAAAAAGAUGAAGUUUGUUGGACAACCAUGAUAGUUGGUUAUGCUCAAAAUGGAAGAGAGGAGGAUGCUUUGAUGUUGUUUGGGGACAUGCUACGCAGAAAUGUUAAACUUGACUGUUACACCAUUUCUAGUGUGAUUUGCUCCUGUGCCAAACUAGCUUCUUUGUAUCAUGGUCAAGUUGUCCAUGGAAAAGUAAUUUUAAUGGGCGUUGAGAAUGACAUGCUUGUAUCAAGUGCUCUUGUUGAUAUGUACUCCAAAUGUGGAAUCCCUUUGGAUGCCUGGGUCGUUUUUGAAACUAUGCCUAUUAGGAAUGUGAUCACUUGGAAUGCCAUGAUUCUGGGUUAUGCACAAAAUGGACAGGUUCCUGAGGCCUUGGCUUUGUAUGAAAGAAUGCAACAAGAAAAUUUCAAAUCUGAUAAUAUUACUUUUGUGGCUGUCUUAUCUGCUUGUAUCAAUGCUGAUAUGGUAAAAGAAGGACAGAAGUAUUUUGAUUCUAUUAAUGCAAAAGGAAUGACACCUACAUUGGAUCACUAUGCAUGUAUGGUCACUCUCCUUGGUAGGUCAGGUAGAAUUGAUAAAGCAGUGGAUCUAAUUCAAGGUAUGCCUCAUGAACCAAGUUGCCGUAUUUGGUCCACCUUACUAUCUAUUUGUACCAAAGCUGACCUAAAGAGUGCAGAGUUGGCAGCUAAUCAUCUCUUUAAAUUGGAUCCACAUAAUGCUGGACCUUACAUAAUGCUUUCCAACUUGUAUGCUGCUUGUGGGAGAUGGAAAGAUGUAGCUGUUGUAAGGUCUCUCAUGAAGGAAAAGAGUGCAAAGAAGUUUGCGGCCUACAGUUGGGUUGAGGUUGGGAAUGAAGUCCACAGAUUUGUUUCAGAAGAUCACUCUCAUCCAGAAGUGGGGAAAAUCUAUGGAGAAUUGAACAGAUUGAUCUCAAUAUUGCAACAAAUUGGUUAUGAUCCUGAUAUAAACAUUGUCCUACACAAUGUGGGAGAGGAAGAAAAAUUUAGAUCCAUUUCCUACCAUAGUGAGAAACUUGCCCUUGCAUUUGCUUUAAUUAGAAUGCCCAAUGGGAUUGCACCGAUACGGAUCAUAAAGAAUAUACGUGUCUGUGAUGACUGCCAUUUAUUUAUGAAGUUUGCAUCAAUUACUAUAGGGCGACCAAUCAUUAUGCGAGAUUCAAACAGGUUUCAUCAUUUCUUUGAUGGGAAGUGUUCUUGCAAGGACAAUUGGUAAAGUCUCAAUCACAUGGUUAUCUGCUUUACUUUAACUGUUUCUAAUAGGAAGGGUGCUAGCAAUGUAAUAUGCACUUUAUCCAUUCUAUAAGAUUUUUAAACUAGGGAGAAUGCCAUGAUACGGUUCAAAACUUCCUAGUAUUAAAGCAGGUGUGUAGCACAAGAAUACUACGUGAGAAGUACAAGUUACAGUAUUACCUCGAUGAAAAUUUCUUGUGACAGCAGUGCAAUUUAAGAUGUUUUGGACUAUGAGACAAGUAUGCUCUUAAUUCAUUGAUCAAUACUUGACAUUGAAUGAGCUGGUUUGAGCUUUGAAUGGAAGUGACGAAAAACAUUCUGACAAAAGUUGCAAGCAAAUUGGGCUAAAUAUUGUUUGUGGCAUAGGCUGUUCAAUAUUUUGGUAGAGAUAAUCUAUACCUUGAGGUCUCUCUGCCAAUGGAUGCUAAGUCGGCUAUAGAAUUAAUGGAGUCUUCUAACGAGGUUAAUUUUUCUGGAUUUCACAUGGUGGGUUUUGAGCAAAGAAAGGACAGCAUAGAACAACCAACAACCUCUGAAACUGACAUGUAUAAACAACCUUUUGUCAUAGGUGUUGCUGGGGGUGCAGCAUCUGGCAAGACAGCAGUUUGUGAUAUGAUCAUUCAACAGCUUCAUGAUCAACGAGUUGUACUUGUUAAUCAGGUAUUUAAUUAUUUCUGUCUAUACUUCUCAAUUAUCAAAUUGAAAAAAUAUAUUAAAGGGAUCAUUGAAAACAAACAAUCGAUUGUUUCUACAUCAGGCCCUAUAUGCAUCCUGUUCUAUCCAUGAUCUUAAUCUCUUGGUAUUCUGUUUUCCUUUGAUAUUCAAAGAAUUUUAAGGAAUGCUUUUAUUACCAUUAUUGUAAAUUUGACCCCUUUCACAACAAAAUACAUCAUUUCUGUUCAAUUAUUUUUUUAGUAUUCGUCUAAGCCUCUUUCUUACCUUAGCUGAUAUCAAAAUCAUACAUGUCUCUCGGGUAAUAUAGUUAAAAUAUACUCUUCUGUUAUUUCUUUGCCAUUCAUGUCAUUGAUUAUCUCUAUUUAUCCAUUCUAUUAGUUAUUCCUUCCUUUUGACUUAUUUUUGGGUGGCAUGUUCCAAAUUUGGUCCAUACAUUUCUUAUUGUACU